ACUAAAUGCAGGUCCCCACCUGCAAACCCUGGUCCUUUACCCCUUUAGUCCCUGAGAAAGCCAUUGUGAUGUAAAUGUGUCGCAGAGGUGUCCCAGGUCUUGCCCUGCAGAGUUCUUGAGUAAAACGCCAGUGCUUCUGGGCUCUCGAUGCGCUUGCCCAGCCCGGCGUGACUGCACGCACCCACCACACGGAGAUGCUGCAGCGUCUGCGCUCCUCCCUGUGCCGGUUGCUCGCCGGUGGCUCUCCAUUCGGACCUCCAGUGCCCGCCACACGGAACAGCGGCCCUGGGUUCUCGGGAUUCGCCGUGUGCCACGUGUCGCCGCCGCGCCACGCAUUCCCACGCGUCCACAGCUUCGUCAUGGCCUGCUUGCCUGGGGGAACUGCAGCCCUGGCCCGCCAGGACUUCAGUAAUGGAUGCACGAUGCCCUUUGCUGGAGAAGGAGGAUCAGAAGUGGCUGAGACUUUUAGGGCCAAAGACCUUGUCAUUACACCAGCCACUGUUUUGAAGGAAAAGCCAGACCCUGACUCUCUGGUGUUUGGAGCUACGUUUACUGACCACAUGCUGACAGUCGAGUGGUCCUUGGCAUCUGGAUGGGAGAAACCUCACAUUAAGCCUUUUGAAAACUUGUCUAUGCAUCCUGCUGCCUCAGUUUUACACUAUGGCGUGGAACUGUUUGAAGGCUUGAAGGCCUUUCGAGGAGUCGAUAACAAGAUCCGAUUGUUUCGGCCUGAACUCAACAUGAAGAGAAUGUGCCGCUCUGCUCUGCGGGCCACUUUGCCGGUGUUUGACCAGGAGGAGCUUCUAGAAUGCAUUCGGCAGCUUAUCCAGAUAGACCAAGAGUGGGUCCCCUAUUCCACCUCUGCCAGUCUCUACAUCCGCCCCACGUUCAUUGGGACUGAGCAAUCUCUUGGAGUCAAGAAACCAUCCAGAGCUUUGCUCUUUGUGAUCCUGAGCCCUGUGGGACCUUAUUUUUCUAGUGGAACCUUUAAUCCCGUGUCACUGUGGGCCAAUCCGAAAUAUGUCAGAGCCUGGCAAGGUGGAACUGGGGACUGCAAGAUUGGUGGCAAUUAUGGUGCGUCCCUUUUGGCACAGUGCGAGGCAGCAGAGAAGGGCUGUCAGCAGGUCCUCUGGCUAUACGGCAAGGAUGACCAGAUAACUGAAGUGGGCACAAUGAAUCUGUUCCUCUACUGGAUAAAUGAAGAUGGAGAAGAAGAGCUGGCAACACCUCCGCUAGAUGGCAUCAUUCUCCCAGGUGUGACAAGGCAGAGCAUCAUAGAGCUGGCACAACAGUGGGGUGAGUUUAAGGUGUGUGAGAGAUACCUCACCAUGGAGGACCUGACCGCUGCCUUGGAGGGAAACAGAGUGAAGGAGAUGUUUGGUUCAGGGACCGCCUGUGUCGUCUGCCCGGUUUCAGACAUUCUCUACAAGGGACAGAUGCUGCACAUCCCAACAAUGGAGAAUGGCCCCAGGCUUGCAAGCCGCAUCUUGGGAAAGCUGACUGAUAUCCAGUACGGAAGGGUGGAGAGCAACUGGACAACAGUGUUACCCUGAUGGAAACCCCAGUGGGUCAGUGAUGUGCCACAGAAGACGGACCUCUGCCCUCAACCAUGACCACCUGUUAGUAGUUUUGCAUAUUGUAGUUGCACUGUUCAUGUUUAACAAAGUGGAGGUUUUCCUUGAGCCACAGAAAGUUGCCAAUGCCAAAUGUCGCCUGUAAACAUGGUAGCAAUUGCUUCCUGUAGCAUUCUCUGGAAAGAUGAUGAUAAAUGCCUACCCUUGUCCUGCACAAGAUCCAAAUGUCUGUUCCUCAGUAGAAGGUAGGGUUCCUCAACCAAUGAGACCUCUGUAUGCACGGAGGGAUGACCUGAGGACAUUUCUUUCGUAGGUGGCAUCCCUGUGGCUCAUGGGUGUCAGAAACACACAGAACAGGGCUUUUUGCUGUGAGUUUUUGUUGUUGUUGUUAUUGUUGUUGGGAGUUGGACUCCCUAGGUAGC